AUGGAAGCGAUGAUGUGGGGUGUGGUUGAAGGACUCAUGCUUGCUUGGAUGAGUGGACAGCGAAGUAUUGAUGUUGUUAGCAUGCUGACCAGCGAUGCUAAAGAUGGAGAGAUCAAUUUAAUUCGGAAAGCUCGACACUAUUUGAAUGAGUGGGAUGUGGUUAUCCAACAUGUUUACAGGGAGGGUAAUAAACUUGUUAAUAGCCUAGCAUUGAUGGCUUGGGGACAAGCACUGCAAAGUGUUUUCUAUUAUUCUCCUUCAGUGACGUUUCUUGAUCAACUUGAUUGGCCCUUAAAGUUGCCAACUGUUACACAAAUGUUGUUUGGCAGAAUUGUUAUUAACAUCUUCAAUCCAAUUGGGUGA